AUGGAUGACCUCAGUGGUUGGAAACGAAUUCUAAACUCGUAUUCCAUACGGUAUAUUCUGGAUUCCGUUCUUAGCCCUGGUGAAUCACACGAUGAUGGUCAUAAAUAUGGUCUUUUGCCCCCGUCGCGCCUUCCAGCAAAGAAGCGAAAGACGCCGAGAAACCAACUCGUUCUCCUUGACCCCACCGCCUCUGCUGUUGCCGGAUCCACCUAUUCCCUACCUGCCAAGAAAAGGGUUUGGGCGUUUCAGCCCAAUUUGUUCACUUUAGAGCCACUUUCGACAUUGGACCUUAAUGUCGAGUAUAAGCCGCCUUUUGGGUGGGAGCUGGAAGAAGAGGCAGUGGAGAAAUUGGAAGAAGAGAAUGGUGAAGCUGAAAAUGGUUGCAAUGAAGAUAUUGAAAAUACCCAAGAGGAGAAAAGCCAAGAAAUCGCAGGGGAUGGAGAGUGCAAUAAAGAAGAAGAAGAUGAUGCUGAUGAUGGGAUUGUUUGUUUUGUUUGUCAGAGCACAGAUGGAGAUCCAUCAGAUCCAAUUGUCUUCUGUGAUGGGUGUAAUCUGAUGGUUCAUGCCUCCUGCUAUGGCAAUCCACUCGUAAAGGGUAUUCCGGAAGGUGAUUGGUACUGCGCCCAAUGCGCAUUUUCUACUGUGCAUUCCCAAUCCAAUGAGUCCUGUUCUUGCUGCUUAUGUCUUGUUAAAGAAGGGGCAAUGAAGCCCACCGGAGAAGGGAGGUGGGCACACAUUGUGUGUGCGUUUUAUGUCUCGGAAGUGUUCUUCAAGGACCCUGAAGGCCGGGAGGGGAUUGAUUGCUCCAAGGUUCCGAAAAGGCGGUGAAAUGAGAGAUGCUAUGUUUGUGAGAGUUCAAAGGGGUGUGCUAUUCAGUGCUCCGAGCUUAAGUGCCCUCUAGAAUUUCAUGUGAGUUGUGGUUUGAACGAGGAUCUUUGUAUUGAGUACAAGGAAUGAAGGAAUAAGGGAGCUAUAGUGGCUGGGUUUUGUAAAAAACACUCAGAUAUGUGGAACAAGCAAGAACAAACUGAGUGA